CUGCGCGCCCUGUGCGGACCGCGGUACCAUGGCUCUCGCCCGCCUGCUCGCGCUGCUGCUGCUCCUCGUGGGCGCCCCCGCCGCCGCUGCCGAAUCGAUCCGAGAGACCGAAGUCAUCGACCCCCAAGACCUAGAAGGCCGAUACUUUUCUGGGGCCCUACCAGAUGACGAGGAUGUUGGGGGGCCUGGGCAGGAACCCGAUGAUUUUGAGCUGUCUGGCUCUGGAGAUCUGGAUGACUCAGAGGACCCCCAGAUCUUCCCCGAAGUAAUCCAUCCUCUGGUGCCUCUCGAUAACUUUAUCCCUGAGAGGGCAGGGCCUGGGAGUUGGGUCCCCACCGAACCCAAGGAAUUGGAGGAGAACGAGGUCAUCCCAAAAAGGAUCUCAUCCUUUGAGGGGGAUGAGGACGUGUCCAACAAGGUGUCCAUGUCCAGCACUGCGCAGGGCAGCAGCAUCUUUGAGAGGACAGAGGUUCUGGCAGCUCUGAUCGUGGGCAGCGGCGUGGGCAUCCUCUUCGCCGUUUUCCUGGUCCUGCUGCUGGUGUGCCGCAUGAAGAAGAAGGAUGAAGGCACCUAUGACCUGGGCAAGAAACCCAUCUACAAGAAAGCCCCUACCAACGAGUUCUAUGCCUGAAGCGCCCACCUGGGCACUGGCUUGGACCUCCGUGGGGAGGGAAGCCAAAGGAUUUGGAAGGGUGGACGUUAGGAUAGGGGGAGGGCAACCUAAUGCUGACCUGUCCGCAUCUCCAGCUCUGAUUAUGUUUCAAGCGUCAGAAGAGACAUCAUCUUCUGUUCCUGCCUGCCUCUUCUUGAUUCUCUGGGCCUCGGUUGUCCCGGCAGAAAAAUAGGGUUACACUUGGCCUUGCUGAAGGCAGGUCUGGGAUUGGAUCAUUUCUUAAUCUUACACUUAAAAUGUGGGCCCAGCUUACACCCUAUCCUGAACAUGCCUCACCCAGAGCCCCUCUGAAGCUGGGACAGGAAUCCUUCUGGGCCUCUGCCCCCAGCCAGCCUUCUCCCUCCCUCUUGUGAAAAGGAGCCAGGAGAAGGAACUAGAACCAUCUGCACCUUGAGAUGUGUCCGUCACAGGGCACUUGUGAUCAUACUACAGGAGUCUGGUAUACCUUGGGCCAUUCUCGGCUCUUUCAAGUGACUUUCUGGAAAUCAACCUUUUUUAUUUGGGGGAGGGGAUGGGGAAGGAGGGAGGGUGGUAUUUUUUUCUGAAUGGUUCAAUCCUUGGUGCAGAGCCUCUGCCUGGGCAAGAGUGUGCCCAUGCUGAGAUGUUCUCCGCUCUCUUGCACUUUCCACAGUAUCUGCUAAGUUUGUAUUUAAUGUUUUUUUUAUUUUUGUUUUUUGAAAAUGAGAGAAGAGACGGAGACACGAUUUUUAUUAAAUUUU